AUGGGAACUGGGAAGAAGGAAAAGUCCCGCAUGGAGCGGCAGGGCAAGCCCACAGGUGACCCCAAGGUGAAGGGUGAAAACUUCUACCGCUCCGCCAAAAAGAUCAAGACCCUCAAUGUCCUCAAGGAGGGCAAGGCGAUUCGCAACAAGGAUGGCAAGAUCGUCAAGGCUGCCUCUUUCCAGAGCAGAGAGCGCCCCAAGGCUGUCAUUGAGCCAAACCGAAGAUGGUUCAGCAACACCAGAGUCAUUUCCCAGGACACACUCACAUCGUUCCGGGAGGCUGUGGAGGAGAACCAGAAGGACCCAUACUCAGUACUGCUCAAGAGCAACAAGCUUCCCAUGAGCUUGAUUCGUGAUGACGGACCCAAGCUCGAGGAUGGGUUGAAGAAGCAUCAAGCCAAGAUGACAAUCGAGAGUGCGCCCUUCUCAGAGACCUUUGGACCCAAGGCGCAAAGGAAACGUCCCAAGCUGAGCUUCGCCACUGUUGACGAACUGGCGGGCCACACCGAGUCGAGCUUCGAUCAGUACACCGCGAGGCAGGAACAGAUCAAGCUGCUCAGCGGUACUUCUGGCACGGCUGAGGUGGAGAACAAGGAGAGUGUCUACCCGGAGAUUGACUUCAGUGUCUCAACGGCCAAGGAAGCCAUCUUCUUUAAGGGUCAAUCCAAGCGCAUCUGGAACGAGCUCUACAAGGUGAUUGACUCUUCCGACGUCAUCCUUCACGUUCUCGACGCCCGUGAUCCUGUCGGCACAAGAUGUCGCCAUGUGGAGAAGUAUCUUUCUACAGAAGCUCCGCACAAGCAUCUCAUCUUCGUUCUGAACAAGAUCGAUUUGGUUCCAUCCAGCACAGCCGCUGCUUGGAUCCGUGUGCUUCAAAAGGAUCGCCCCACCUGCGCCAUGAGAUCAAGCAUGAAGAACCCGUUCGGUCGUGGUUCUCUGAUCGAUCUUCUCCGCCAAUUUAGCAUCCUCCACAAGGACCGCAAGCAGAUCAGUGUUGGCCUGGUUGGGUAUCCCAACGUGGGCAAAUCCAGCAUCAUCAACGCCCUCCGUGGCAAGCCUGUUGCCAAGGUUGCACCCAUUCCCGGUGAGACCAAGGUCUGGCAGUACGUUACUCUGAUGAAGAGGAUCUACCUGAUUGAUUGCCCGGGUAUUGUACCACCCAACCAAAAUGACACACCACAGGACCUUCUUCUCCGUGGUGUCGUCCGUGUUGAGAAUGUCGAGCAUCCCGAGCAGUAUAUCCCUGCUGUGUUGAGCAAGGUCAAGCCGCAUCAUAUGGAAAGGACAUAUGAGCUGAAGGGCUGGAAAGACCACAUUCAGUUCCUUGAGAUGUUGGCUAGGAAGGGCGGCAGACUGUUGAAAGGUGGUGAGCCAGAUGUGGACGGUGUGGCCAAGAUGGUCUUGAACGAUUUCAUGCGAGGCAAGAUUCCUUGGUUCACCCCCGCGCCAGCAAUGGAAGGGACCGAGGAUGCCGACUCUGAACUCAUUGAGGGCCGCCAAGGUCGUCUCGGUGAGAUGCGGAAGCGGAAACGCGACCUCGAGGCUGAAGGCGAAAGUGUUGCCGAUACAUCCAUGGCUGGGUCGACUCUGGCGGCCACCGAGGAUCUUGCAGCUUCAGAUGACGAAGAUGACGAUUUCUCUGGAUUUUCCAGUGAUAGUGACUCUGAGGGUGAGGGCGAUGAUAACGAAGACAAUGAGGGUGAUGAUGCCGAGGAUAUGAUAUCCCUCGGCGAGUCGAGUGAUGAGGAGGCAUCAGAUGCUGAGCCGGAGCAAGAGCCAGAUCCGCCAGCGUCCAGGAAAAGGAGAAAGGCGUAG